ACCCUCAUCUACAAGGGCAAAAGCCUGGACCGCGCCGAGCUGGCGUCGUACCGGCCCAUCACGCUGCUCAACUGCGACUUCAAGAUGGUGUCCAAGGCUGUCAGCGCCCGCCUGCAGCCCGCCCUGGAUGCAGUUGUGGAUGAGCUGCAGACCGCGUUCAUCACCGGCCGCUGGAUUGGAGACAACGCGCUGUACCUCCAAGGCCUGAUCGAAUGGAUGCGCCUGGACGUGGGCGCGGACGGCACGCCACGGCAGGGUGGUGCGCUGUACUUCUUGGACAUUGAAAAGGCGUAUGACCGGGUGCACCGGCAGUGGCUGUAUGCGUCCGCGGAGGGACUGGGGUUUGGGCCGCGCAUGCUGCGCUGGAUCCGCCUGCUCACUGCCAACGGCUCUGCCCGCGUGUGUGUGAACGGGAUGCUCUCUGACGCCUUCCCAGUGCUGAACGGCUUGCCGCAGGGCAGCACCGCCUCACCACCCCUGUGGGUCAUCCAGAUGCAGCCACUGACGUCCUUUCUGCGGCGGCAGGUGGAGCAAGGGGCACUGCGCACGCCCCUGUUACCCAGCGGCGAGCAGGCGCCACCUGCUGCCCACCACGCUGAUGACACGACCCUCACGGCGCGCGACCCGGCGGUGGACGGGCCGGUCCUGAUGGCGGCAGUACAGCUGUUCUGCCGCGCGUCCAACGCCCGUGUCCAUCCGGACAAGAGCAAGGCCAUGGGCCUUGGCAGGUUUGCGCACCUGACGGGCCCUUGCCCACACACGGGGGUGCCGUUUACCACUGGCGCCGUGACGCACCUGGGUGUGCCCCUGUCAUGGGACUCGGAUGCGGCUGCAGCUGACUUGUAUACCCGGCGGGCUCGCGGCAUGGCGUUUGUGGCGCGUCUGUGGGCUGCCCUGUCUCUGACUCUCGUUGGCCGUGUGCACAUUGCGAAGCAGGUGCUGGCGGCGAAGCUGGCCUACCACUUCAGCUUCCUCAACCCGUCGCCUGCGCAGCUGAAGGAACUCACCGACCUGGUGGACCACUUUGCUGCGCGCUCCAUGCACGCUGAGGACGCCAGCCUGGUGUCGCACGGGAACCCGCUCCUGCUGCCCAAGCGGGAAACGGCCUGUCUGCCGUACAAGGAUGGGGGUGUCAACCACGUCGACCUGCCUGCGUUCCUGUCUGCACUGCAAGCUAAGACUUUCGCCCUCCUUGCCCAGCCAGGCCGGCAACCAUGGAAGACGCUCACCCGGGCGCUGCUUACCCAUGUGCGCCCGGACUCCGCCACCACGUGGGCGUGGGUGUACAGCGACGCGCCGGCGCCAGCGGGGCUGCCUGCCCGGCUGGCAGCCGCGGUCGGCCACGUGCGGAGCGCGGGUGUGGAACAGCAUCCGCCGCAGCCAGCCACUCAGCCGCCAACGGCGCCGCCACGGUGGCGGGUUAGCCUGGACCAGCUGUGGGUGGCUAACGCUGCGGGGGCUGUGUCCUACGUCCACUACACGGGGCGGCUCUUGGAGCCUGGGCCUGGUGUGCUGCCCCCGGCAGUGGAUGGGGCGUGGCAGCCUGCCUGUGUGCUGCAGCAUCGCAAGCCGCGGCACCUGUGGACCUUUGAAGAGCGGGCGGCGUACGAUGCAGCAUCACCAGGGGAACGGGCAGGGGCGUGGCCUCGGGCGCCGUACUUCCUGGCGCCGGAAGCUGGGGUGGUGGUGCACCCGGAGCACUGCCGGAUUGCGGGUGUCAGCUUGGCGGACUACACGGUGCGGGACGUGCGGCGGGCCAUCACCGCGGCUAACCCGGCCGCACCUCCGACUCCGGCCCGCCCCGCAGCCAUGCCGUGCCCGGCGCCAGCACAGCAGGCGGGGGGUUCGGGGACCCAGCCGGCGGCACAGUCGCGGCUGGCGGAGCGGGAGGCGGAGUGGCAGCGUGCAGCGGCGCAGCUGACCACCACGGCGGCGCAGCACUUCCACAAUAACCCGGUGGCUCUGGACCCCUGGCUCCACCGCACCUCUGCGGCAGCCGGGCUGCAGAACACGCCGGCGCGAGAACUGCAGUCGUAUGCGUCCCCGUCCCAGCAGUCGGGUGAGGGGCCGCGGCGGUCCGCGCGGCUGCAGGAGCAGGCGGCGGGAGGGGCGGGACCUAGCACUGGGCCUGCCACGGCGGCGGCGGCAGCAGCGGCGGCGGUGGAGGGCGACCCUCGCAUGCCGCCCCCGGAUGCGUCCCUUCUGCGGGGUACGUGGCGGAGGCUGUGGGACAGCCACGCCAGUCGGGGGGCAAAGGUGCUGGUGUACAGGCUGCAACAUGCUUACCUGCCUUGCGGGCUGUACAGGGCGGGCAAGGGCAUUCGGCCACGGGUGACCACGGGGUGCGGGGGGUUGGGGGCGCACUGUCCUCACCCCGCCUGCGGGCCACCUGGCCCGCGGGCGUGGGCCAGCCUGACGCACAUCUUCCUGGAGUGUCCAGCUUAUGCGCAGGCGAGGACGUGGCUGCAGCAGCUGUGGGCCUGCGUUGCGCCCCAGGCAGCGGCGCCGCCAGUGACGGACGCGGGCUUCAUGCUGGGGGACCGCAUGGGUAUGUGGACCUCAGGCCCGCGGGGGGCGGGCGCACUGCUGUGGAGCACUUUGCGGGCCACCUUCUUGUACGCCGUCUGGUGUGCGUACUGGUCCCGUGAGCCUGCUAAGCAGACGUCGGAGCAUGUGGUUCGGGAGGUGGUCAGCGAGCUGCGCAGGGUGAUGCAGCUGCGUUUCACUGCUGCCACGCUAACCCCUGAGACCCUGUCGGCUCUGCCCACUCAGCUUCUCACCGCACAGCUCAAGGCGGCUAAGCUGGAGCACUUUGUUGCCAUCUGGUCGGCGGGUGGCGCGCUUUGUGAAGUGGAGGAGGUUCAGGGUGGGUCACCGAAGUUGCACUUGCGGCUGACGCUUGCAUCACCUGUGCAGGCCCCCUAGGUUUCCUUUUGGACGGCGUUUCUUUCCAGGCGCUGGCGUGGCGUAUUAUCGUCAUCAGCUUGUCUGGCGCCCCAUGUGUCAUAGCUCUGGCUGGAGUGGCAGCGCCUGGGCGGCUGUGGGCCUUCCUGCUCAGCGCGUCUUGCAGCGGACUGGAGCCCGAUUAGUCAGCGCCACAUCUGGCCCGUUUAGUUUUCUGCUUGUGUCUCCUCUGCCGGUUCUCCUGGGGUGUUGCUUAAGCCACCGACUUGUGGGGGUGGGGUGGGUUUGGGCGGCGCGAGUGCGUAGCGCUAGUGUUUUCUUUGCUGGCGCGCGGUGGUGGUGGUUCUUGCGGUUAGGCUGUGGUGUAGGUUGGUGCUUGGGUUAGGUCUGGCGGUGUUUUUUGUGCAACCCCU